AUGCAAGCCAGUCGUAUCGCUCGUUUGCUCGCGCCUCGCCUCACGUCGCCAUGUAGACGCAACGUACAGCAUCGACUACCGCUUGCUGUGAAGAGACAUGCCUCUGUCGCAACCUCAGGGCCAGCAGUCACCGCGACAAACCGUGCUGAAGCGACAUUGAAGCGGUUCUGGAAGACGGUGGACGUUGAAGAGCGCCCAGAUGCGUUCGCCGUCACUCUGGACAAGCGGCCUCUGCGGACGCCAGGCGGGAAGCCUCUGCUAUUACCGAAGAGCAAGAGACUCGUAGCUACUCUGGUUGCCUCGGAGUGGGAGAAUCAAGAGACUCUGCUCAAACAGCAUUCGCUGCCCAUGACGUCUCUUGCGUCCAGGGCUGUUGAUGCAUUCUCGGAGGAACAGGCUCGAGCAGAAGUACGUGAACAGUUGCUGAAGUACUUCGAAACGGAUACCAUCUGUUUCCGUCAAAAUGAGCCGGCCGUCCUUGUGAAGCUGCAAGAAACGCACUGGCGACCAAUCCUUGACUGGGCGCAGUCCACCUUCGGCAUCAAGGUCAGCACGACGGACUCAUUCCUGCUCGACCCGCAUCCAGAAGAGACCUACGAAAAGCUUGACAAGCUGAUGUCAGAGUUUGACGUUUGGGAGAUGGCAGCUAUGGAGCGAGCUACGUAUACCACCAAAUCGUUCCUGAUUGCCCUCGCUCUUGAGGCAGCACUGGCGGCUCACGCGGAGGUUAAUAGUCAAAUAGAGCGGUGGGGCGAGGUGAGGAUUGUAACUCACGAUGUCGACUACCACGACGUGCGAAGACAGCUGGGUAGUGCUGCAUGUCUCGUCUCUAGUCUAUAG